AUGAGUCGAAGCGCCCAAAACGAUCGCGCUACCUCCGGGUACCCGGACUGGUACCAGCGAUUCUACGUACAUAUAUGCGAUGCGGAAUGUCUAUUUAGCGGUGCUGUAUGUAUGUUGUUGUUCGCCGCAGUUGCUGUAGUUUGCAUGAAAUACUUAUGCGACAACUUCAACUACAAGACAGCGGACAUUAUUAGAGACCUCGACAGGGAGAUACGGCGCGGGCUUCGAGAUUUCGGCAGAGCUAUUAUGAAAACUCACUAUGGUUCUUUGCUAAUACGUCGUCUCAGGAUGGGAGUAUCGAAAUACACUAAAGCAGCUGCUCGAUACCUACCAUCUCUCGCACCAGUGUUCAAGGAUAUCGCUGCGUACAACACAUUGGUUACGUGGGAAUAUGCGACAGCCGUGAUAACGAUCCUUCUCUCGUAUAAAUGCGCCAUGGAAGUCGUACGUAGGAUCGUUCAGUAUCUACGAGAAAGGGAAAUGCUCUACUAUUGCGUAAACAUGCGCCCGGUAGCCGAGCUGAACCCCGAGCCAUACACCAGAACGAUGAUCGAAAGACUUCAUAGGUCACCUGAAUACCUCAGGCUAAAACAACAGCGAAUGCACCAAGGAAACGAAGCAUGGAAUUGGCAGACUAGGCAAAGAAUGGGCGAACGCAUGCCGUCGGACGACAUGUCAGACGAAGAGGGUCAUUAA